AUGGCUCUGUUCUCCAGGGCCCUGCUGAGCCUCUGCCUCCUCUCCCUCCUCCUGGCGGCUGCACUCCUCCACCCCCGGCCGCUGAGGCCUCAGCGAUCUGUUCCCGAGGAAUUUUCAGCCCCCUUGGAACUCGCACAGCCACUGUCUGACCUGUUGGAUGACUAUGGGAUCCAACCCAAGCACCCAAGGCGACGAGGGCCUCGACCCCUCCUCUCCCGGGCCCAGCAGCGCAAGCGGGAUGGGCCAGACAUGGCCGAGUAUUACUUCGACACACGCCGGUGA